UAGUUUCUCAAGUAUCAGAAAACAUUCUUGCCUCGGGAUCUCAUGUAUGGAUUCUCUAGUAUUAUCAAAGACGGCGAGACUCACAGCUGGGAUUAUCGCUUAAUUUAAUGCAAGCAACGUUUCGGACAUUCGCUCGUCAUAUAAGAGAGGGUGAUGUCUGAGGAAAUGAUGGGGGAAGAGUCGAGCUCCCCGGUGUCUCCAGUGGACAGUCUCAGCAACAGCGAAGGAGAGCUGGAAAGGCAACCGAAGAGAUGUGGGAGGAAAAGGAGAUCAAGCAGGAAAAACGGGGAGGAUUCAGAUAGCCCGACCCCUGGGAAAAGAGGGAAAAAGUCCAGCAGCAGCAGUCCACAGUCUUUCGAAGACCUACAGACGCAACGAGUCAUGGCUAACGUGCGCGAGCGACAGAGGACUCAAUCACUCAACGAAGCUUUCGCUGCUUUGCGGAAAAUUAUUCCCACUUUGCCCUCAGAUAAACUUAGCAAAAUACAAACUCUUAAACUUGCGGCCAGGUACAUCGAUUUCCUCUACCAAGUUCUGCAGAGCGAUGAGUUGGACUCCAAAAUGGCAAGUUGUAGUUAUGUGGCUCAUGAGAGGUUAAGCUAUGCGUUCUCUGUAUGGAGGAUGGAGGGCGCUUGGUCCAUGUCAGCAUCUCACUAGCGUCUGAAGAGCUGUAAUACAAAAUGGUGACAGCUGAUUCUCCUCAUCAACUUGACGGGACAAAUCUGGACUCCACUGCUGGAUAUAUACAAAGCUCCGUUAUAUGGGAGACAGCUAUUUAAACCAAAGAGGACAUCGCGAGAGGAUCUUUUUUUUUCUAGAAAAAAGGCCCACGAAGGACCUGCAAUUGAGUGCGAGCCUACUACACUACAUUCUGAUGUGUUUCUUUAUUGUUGACGACGAAUGUUGGAAAUGUAUGUUUUUAUACAUGCCUCUGGGCUCUGCCGUGCGUUAUUUUCUGUGGAAGUCAAAGUGCAUCCAAGCAACUGUCUCAGUUUUUUGUGAGACUGUCAGUAUUGGACGGCAGCCCGUAUUGGUUUACAUGUGGAUCAAUCCUGUGCAGAUAAUGUAGGUUAUUGUUUUCAGAAUUCAACUAUUUAUUUAUUGAGGACACCUGUUACACGAGGACUUGGAUCAUAUUUCUGAAAUGCAUUCCUUUUUAUUAUCGUUGUAAAUAGAUGUAUAUUUUUCACAAUAAAGACAAUGAUUUUGAAAUAA